AGUGCCCAAGUGAAAGACAUGCUUGACAGAGGGGCUGCAGUUAAGCUACCUGAAAGUUCAAUUGCUAAUUGGGCUGGACCUGUAUGGUACGUGAGUCAUCUCAUCGCUCCAAACCCUCACUCAGUCACAACCCCAGUGAGACUCGUUUGGAAUAGCAGCCAAAGAUUUAGAGAUGUCAGCAUGAAUGACCUGUUAAUUAAAGGACCAGACGUUCUAAACCAGAUACGUGCUGUUCUGCUGAGAUUCAGAAGUGGAGUGUAUGCUGCAUUGGGGGAUAUUAAGAAAAUGUACAACUCCGUUUGGUUGGAGGACCAAGAAGUACAUUUGCACAGAUUCCUUUGGCGAGACACUGAGAAUGAGGAGCUUGGAGAAUACGCAAUCACAAGAGUCAAUAUUGGAGACAAACCAGCAGGGUGCAUUGCGCAACUGGCAAUGCGUGAAACUGCUAAUUUGCCAUCCUUUGCUCACCUUGAAGAGGAACGACGGGUAAUCCAACAUGACAGCUAUGUUGAUGAUAUUCUUACAUCUCACAAUGACCUUGACCAGCUACAGUCCAUUGUGGCAAACACAGAGUUGAUCUUGAAAGCUGGAGGAUUUCAUCUGAAACCAUGGGUCUUCUCAGGUCAAAGUGGGAGGGAAAAGUCUGAUGAUAAGUGCUGUAAGAUAAAGGAAAAGGUUAUGGUUCUGCCAAACCAAUUGCUUGAUGAUGACAACAAAGCACUUGGCCUAGGCUAUUCUGUGGAAGACGACAAGUUGUAUGUGAUGACAUCCAUCAAUUUUUCAAAAAGAAAAAAGAAAAUUAGACUGGGAAAAAACCUAACACAGGAGCAAGUUAGAGCCCAAACACCAAAUCCACUGACAAGAAGAGAGCUCUUGAGUCAGGUAUCAGGGGUAUAUGAUCCAGUAGGCUUAGUGACUCCAGCCAAACAAAAGGGAGCAAUUCUGGUUCGCAGAGCUUUUCAAGAAGCAAAGAAUACAAGACUUCAAGUCAAUGAAACUUGGGAUGUUGCUCUCUCAGAUGACCUUAGAGAAGAUGCUAUCAAACUCUUUGAGGAAUACAUCCAACUAGGCCAAAUUAAAUUCACAAGAGCCAUAACACCUCCAGAAUUUGAAGGACACCCCUGGGCGAUAACCUUUUCUGACGGAAGUGAAAACACUUAUGGUGCUGUAAUGUACUUGAGAUGGGACUCAAAACAGGGCCCAGUAAUCAGGCUUGUGGAGUCCAAAGCUAAGCUGACUCCUUUAGACCAAAAAGGAGAUGCUAUCAAGGCAGAGGUGUGCGGAGCUGUGUUCGCCUCACGUUUGCGAAAGUACUUUGAGCAGCACAGCCGAAUUCAAGUGGAGAGGUGGUUCCAUUUAGUUGAUAGCCAAACAGUACUUGGUGCUAUACAACGUGAAAGCUAUGGCUACAAAACAUUCUUCGCCAAUCGGAUCGGGGAGAUACAAGGAAUCACAAAAGCGCAAGAGUGGUGGUGGAUACCAGGCCCACAAAACAUUGCUGAUGUGAUAACUAGAGGAGCUAGCCCUCAAAAUCUCGAUGAAAGUUCAGAGUGGCAAAAUGGGCCAAGAUUCCUGAGCUUACCAGUAGAUGAAUGGCCAAUCAAGUCAGCUAAAGACUUAGCUAUCACUGCCCGAGAAAGCAUUAACAAACUUCAAAAGAAAGCGUUUGCAGCUGUAUUGACAAGGUCAAAAACAAAGCAAAUGGAGCCGACUAUGGAGUCGAAACCAAUUGAGAGCCCCAACCUAGUUCGAGCGGAACAAAAAAGACCACCAGCAGGCUUAGCUGUCCUGAACUUGUGUGACAUAAAGCGGUUCAGUGACCUGUCACGACUGGUUAAAACAAUAGCAUGGGUUUGGAGAGCUGCAAAGAAGUUUCUCGGCAAAAAACGGACUGUAAAUAAACCAAAGUGGGAGGCAGUCUUGUCAUUAGGAACCAUUUCAGUAAGAGAAAGAGAAGAUGCUCUACGAGAUAUUUUUCUUGCUGAGCAGGAUGGGGUGACCUUUCCAAACACCACUAAAGAGAGGUUAGUUGUCUUUAAAGAUCCAGACUCUGGAUUGUUGGUCUGCGGUGGCAGGGUGCAGGUCUUUCAAGAUGAUCAGCUGAGUGUUCCAAUUCUUCCUUCCAAUUCAUGGAUUUCCACAUUACUAGCUCAAGAAUCUCACAAGGAGAGCCACGGAGGCUUGGCUGAGACUCUGCUUAGAAUGCGAAGGAGAGCCUGGGUAUUAAAAGGCAGAAGAAUAGCACAAAAAGUUGUGGACAGCUGUGUACAAUGUAGGAAGAACAAAGCAAAAAAGUGUCAGCAAGUAAUGGGUGAUCUUCCUUUAGAAAGAACCCAACCAGCUGCACCUUUCGAGUUCACAGCAUUGGAUCUUUUCGGACCUUACCAUGUGAAAGAUGAUGUCAAGAAAAGAGUCUUGCUGAAGGUCUGGGGUGUUGUUUUUUGUUGUAUGUCGAGCAGGGCAAUCCAUACAGAACUGGUUAACUCUCAGUCAACCGAAGGUUUCUUACUGGCCUUUCAAAGAUUUGCUGCAAUUAGAGGCUAUCCCAGAAAGAUUUUUUCAGAUCCUGGUACCAAUUUCAUUGGAGCAAGACAAGUUUUGCAAGAUCUGUACCAAUUCCUGGAGGGAAUUGACAAAUCUACCCUGGAGGAAACAGCAGUAAAACAUGGAACUGAGUGGAUCUGGAAGAUUCACCCAGCUGAUUCCCCACAUAGAAAUGGAGCUGCUGAAGCUGCAGUGCGCAUUAUCAAGAGGGCACUCCAAAACUGCGGAGGGGAGUCCACCCUCACAUACAGUGAAAUGAAUACAGCCCUUCAAAUAGCAGCUAAUCUUGCUAUUGAGCGACCAAUCGAUGCCAGGGCACAAAAUCAGGAAGGCUGCAUUCAAUAUGUAACGCCAAAUUCGCUAUUGCUCGGACGAGCGUCUCAAAGUUUUGACAUUAAAACUUUUGACUUUUUCAGCUAUCCCUUCAAAAGACUCCAAGCAAUGCAGUCAUUGGUAAAUAAGUUUUGGGAACGUUGGAGCCAGCUUGCAGGUCCUAAUUUGUUCAUAAGGAGCAAGUGGCACACCACACACAGGAAUGUCGCAAUUGGGGAUAUUGUCUGGAUCGCAGAUCAGAAUGCACUCAGAGGACAAUUCAAGCUUGGCAGAGUAAUCAGUGUCAAUCCAGACAGUAAAGGUGUCGUAAGAGAUGUAAAUAUAAGAACAUUCCCAAGUUACCCUGUUCUGAUCACAAAACCAUCUAAAGCAAGGGCAAAUUCUUCGGAGUCCAAAAUCGGUCGAGAGAAGAUCCCGAGUACUGUCCUUCACAGAGAUGUCAGACGGCUAGUUGUUCUACUUCCUGCAGAGGAACAAAAGAGUAAAUAAUUCAGAGAACAUCCUUUUGAAAGCUAAAAGUAAUCGAACUAAACAGUUUGCCUUCAAAGAGAUGCGAUUUCCUCUUUAUCCCAAGAAAAUCGAGUGGGAGGUGUCAAGUCAAACUAAUAUAGAAGGAGAAAAAAAAAAUCCAUCCGCCAGUCGGAGGGAGAGGCGGAAGGACAUGCAGUAGUUCGGCAUUCACGUAAGGAAAAAGGAAACUGAAACCUAACCAGAACAGAAUCUCCGCCAAAACGAAACCUCCGCCAAAGCCGAAUCUCCGCCAAAAUUGAGAAAGAAAGUGCACAACAGUUAAAAAACCAUCAUCAAGUCCCGGAGUGGCAGCCGGUUUUUCACCUUUCAACUUUCUACUUUCAACUUUCCACCGUUAUACUUUUUACCUGCCUUUCUGCUGCAUUUAUGAUGCAAUAAAUGGAUGAGUGGAAUCCAGUUAAAACUC